AUGUCGCACAAAAAGGACGAGGAUCUCGAGAUGAACGGCGGGGAAGAGCUUGGAGAGCGGGAGAGCUUCCAUCACCGGGGGAGCAUUCUCACCCAACUGGAGAAUAAUCCUGCUGCUGCUGUUCUGGCCUACUGCUUCUCGUCAAUCAGCAUGACGGUCGUGAACAAAUAUGUUGUUUCUGGCUCAUCCUGGAACUUGAAUUUCCUGUACCUAGCCAUCCAGUCCGUUAUUUGCAUGGCUGCAAUACUGGCCCUGAAGCAGAUGGGGUUCAUUCCGAGCCUCGCUGCCCUGGAAAGCGGCAAGGCCAAGCGAUGGCUCCCCGUGUCUGUCUUUUUCGUCGGCAUGAUCUACACCGGCACCAAGUCUCUUCAAUUUCUUUCUGUCCCGGUAUACACCAUCUUCAAGAACCUUACUAUCAUCGUCAUCGCCCUGGGCGAGGUCCGGUGGUUCGGCGGCAAAGUCACCUCGCUGCUUCUGCUAUCAUUUGGCUUGAUGGUGCUCAGCUCCGUCGUUGCUGCAUGGGCUGAUAUCCAGGCUGCUCUCAACGGUGUAGGGCACACCGGAGAGACUGCCGCCUCUAUUUCAACUCUGAACGCUGGAUACGCGUGGAUGGGGCUCAACGUCAUAUGCACCGCCUCGUACGUCCUGGGCACGCGCAAGUUCAUCACCUCGCUGAAUUUCAAGGACUGGGACACCAUGUUCUACAACAACGUCCUCUCCCUCCCCAUCAUGAUCCUCUGCUCCCUAGUAACAGAAGACUGGUCCGCGGCAAACCUAUCCCGAAACUUCCCCCUGGAAUCCCGCAACAACCUCAUGAUCGGCAUGCUGUACUCCGGCAUGGGCGCCAUCUUCAUCUCGUACUCGUCCGCCUGGUGCAUCCGCAAGACGUCGUCGACGACGUACUCGUUUGUCGGGUACCUGAACAAGCUCCCGCUUGCGAUCUGCGGGAUUGUAUUUUUUGGUGCCCCCGUUACGUUUGGUAGCAUUCUGGCUAUUCUCUUGGGAUUCUUUAGUGGGCUUGCGUAUGGGUAUGGGAAGAUGAGGCAGAGGGAGCAGGCGAAGCAGGUUCUUCCGGUUUCGCGGCCGACUAUGAGUGCUAGCUCGCAGAGGCAGAGUGAUGUGUCCAAGUCGUGA